CUAUAUUUAAGAUGAAACUCCAGGUGAAGACACUAAACCAGAAGUCUCUCGUUGUGGAAAUCGACGAGGACAAAACAGUCUAUGAGCUGAAAAAAGAAUUGUCGCUGUACCCCGACGUGGGGGUAAGUCCGGAAUUGCAAAAAUUGAUUUAUGCCGGUAAAAUACUCGAGAACGAAGAUAAAAUCAGUUCGUACAACAUCGAUGUGAAGAAAUUUCUGGUAAUCAUGAUACUGAAACAGCCUUUACCGGUGCCCACGGCAGUUCCGAAAAAGGAAGCUGAAGAGAAAAAGGCUGCAGCAGUUGAUGAGGCUACAACACCCAAAGAAACUAAAACAACAGCGGCGUCAGAAGCGGAAUUUAAAACCCCUACAACACCAGCAGCAGCAGCGACGACACCAUCCACUCCUGCUGCCGUUACCACCACACCGGUAUCAACAAAUCCCGAAACAGAGGCUAUGGUCGCCCAAAUAGUCAGUAUGGGUUAUGUGGAACAUGAUGUUCGUCGGGCGUUGAAGGCAAGUUUUAACAAUCCCGAGCGAGCCAUUGAAUACCUAAUCGAAGGCAUACCCACAUCACCGUCCACACCCGAAGGUGACAGCUAUAUCGAGGACACAGAUGCCGACUUGUCAAUGACUCCGUUUGAGGUAUUCCGUGGUGAUCCGGUAUUUCACAAUUUACGCAGUGCCCUACAACAACACCCCGAGUUGAUCGAUGUGGCCAUCCAACGAAUUGGUGAAACCAACCCAGCUCUCUUGGAGUUGAUUAGUGAAAAUCAAGAGGAAUUCCUCAGUAUGCUGUUAGAUGGUUCCGAUGAUGAUGAGGAAGACGACGAUGAGGAGGAUGACGAAUGA